AUGUCUAACCAAGAUGACAUGGCUGGCAUGCCUGGCAUGUCUAUGACUCCCCCUGCGCCCAAGGGCGACCUGAAGAACACAACUGAUGGUGCCAUGAGCUCUAGCCUCACAUGGACCGCAGACGUCACCGUCCUCUUCCGUGGUUGGCCUGAUGACAGCGUUCCCAUGUACGUCUUGGCCCUCUUCUUCGUCUUCCUUCUCGCUGUUGCCGUUGAAGUCCUGUCUGUUUCGCCCAAACACAAACCAGGCACCAAGACUUUCAUAUGCACCCUCACUCAGACAGGCGUCUACACUUUUCGCACAGCUUUGGCUUACUUGGUCAUGCUCGCUGUCAUGUCGUUCAAUACUGGUAUCCUGAUAGCCGCCGUGGCCGGCCAUGCCCUCGGCUUCUUCAUCAUCAAGGUUCGUUCUCAUGGCCUCCAACCCAACGUAGCCGACCCCCAAAGUUUGAUUUGUCGAUCUUCAUCUUCCUGA